UGUGGCAGCUGCGGGAGCAGCGGCCGCCUUGGGAGUCGGAGGAGAGGUAGCCGCGGAGCGCAGAGCUGGCUGCGCCCCGAGGCCCGGCCCUGGGGGUGGGGAGCAGCGCGGAGGAGCUGGAAACUUUCCCUGCAGUUCUCUUCUCAGCUUUCUGUUGUCGACUUAUCCAGAGAAACUUUCUGGGUGUCCCCGCCCCCCCUGCCCCGAGUGAGACAGCUUUUCUCUGUUGCCAGCAGGUGGAGUCUGGGGUAUAACGAGAAGCAAAAGAGUGUUGAAAAUGUUAAAGGCUGUGCUGAAGAAGAGCCGAGAGGGAGGAAAGGGGAACAAGAAGGAAACAGGAGGUGACUUUGGUCCAGAGACUUCCCCUCCAGCUUUGCCCCCUGGCCAUGGUAGCGACUUUUCUGUGAGCAGCCUUCCCGUGGCAGAGGAUGCCUACAGAGUGAGCUUGGCUAAAGGUGUCUCCAUGUCUUUGCCUUCAUCACCUCUGCUGCCUCGACAGUCUCACUCUGUGCAGUCAAGAUCAACCAAAAAAUCCCCAGGUCCCGUCAGGAAGCCCAAGUAUGUGGAAAGCCCCAGAGUGCCUGGAGAUGCAGUCAUAAUCCCGUUCCGAGACGUGCCCCCGCCAACAGAGCCCAGUGAGAAUGAAGCAAAGGCUGAUAAUGAACCAAGCUGUUCGCCAGCAGCUCAAGAACUGUUGACAAGGCUGGGAUUUUUACUGGGAGAAGGCAUCCCAAGUGCCACACAUAUAACCAUCGAAGAAAAAAAUGAAACCAUGUGCACAGCCCUGAGCCAAGGCAUUAGCCCUUGCUCCACACUAACAAGCAGCACCGCGUCUCCUAGCACCGAGAGCCCCUGCUCCACCUUGAAUAGCUGUGUCAGCAAGACGGCAGCCAACAAAAGUCCCUGUGAGACCAUCAGCAGCCCUAGUUCCACCCUGGAAAGCAAGGACAGUGGAAUUAUAGCCACAAUUACAAGUUCAUCCGAAAAUGAUGACCGGAGUGGCUCCAGUUUGGAAUGGAAUAAGGACGGAAGCCUAAGGUUAGGGGUACAAAAGGGAGUGCUGCAUGAUCGCAGGGCAGAUAAUUGCUCCCCAGUGGCAGAAGAGGAGCUCCCCGGGCCAGCGGAGAGCGUGCUGCCCAAAGCCGAAGCCUCAGUUGGAGAUGGUCCGGUCCCUUAUUCUCAGAGCUCCAGCUCGCUAAUAAUGCCACGGCCCAACUCAGUUGCAGCAACCAGCUCAACCAAGUUGGAAGAUCUGAGUUAUUUAGAUGGACAGAGAAAUGCUCCCCUUCGAACGUCAAUUAGGUUACCGUGGCACAAUACGGCAGGAGGUAGGGCACCGGAAGCUAAAGCACGAUUUGCUCCUUAUAAGCCACAGGACAUUUUGUUGAAACCCCUGUUGUUUGAAGUACCAAGCGUAACCACAGACUCUGUGUUUGUGGGAAGGGAUUGGCUGUUUCACCAGAUAGAAGAAAACUUGAGGAACACAGAACUAACAGAAAACAGAGGAGCAGUGGUUGUUGGAAAUGUGGGCUUUGGGAAGACAGCGAUCAUUUCUAAGUUGGUGGCACUUAGCUGCCACGGAAGCCGCAUGAGGCAAAUUGCUUCCAACAGCCCUGGUUCGUCACCAAAAACUUCAGAUGCUUCCCAGGAUCUUCCUUUCACUCCAUUGCUUUCACCAAGUGCUUCUACAAGUGGUACCAAUGCAGCUAAAUCGCCCCCUGGGUCUGGGUCUGAUACUCCUGAGAACCAGAGACCAAGAGAAGAUGCAGUGAAAUACCUGGCUUCUAAGGUCGUGGCCUACCACUACUGCCAGGCCGACAACACCUACACGUGCCUGGUGCCCGAGUUCGUGCACAGCAUCGCAGCUCUGCUCUGCCGCUCCCAUCAGCUGGCUGCCUACCGGGACCUGCUGGUAAAGGAGCCCCAGCUCCAGAGCAUGCUGAGCCUCAGGUCCUGUGUGCAGGACCCAGUGGCCGCCUUCAAGAGGGGUGUGCUGGAACCACUCACAAGCUUGAGAAACGAGCAGAAAAUUCCUGAAGAAGAAUACAUUAUUUUGAUAGAUGGCUUAAAUGAAGCUGAGUUUCAUAAACCUGAUUAUGGAGAUACCCUUUCUUCAUUUAUCAGCAAGAUUAUUUCUAAAUUCCCUGCCUGGUUGAAGUUGAUUGUGACUGUAAGAGCAAAUUUUCAGGAAAUUGUCAGUGAGCUGCCAUUCGUCAAGCUGUCCUUAGAUGACUUUCCAGACAACAAGGACAUCCACAGCGACCUGCAUGCCUACGUGCAGCACAGGGUACACAGCAGCCAGGACAUCCUCAGCAACAUCUCCCUGAAUGGCAAGGCCGAUGCUGCCCUCAUUGGGAAAGUGAGCAGCCACCUGGUGCUGCGGAGCCUGGGCUCCUACCUGUACCUCAAGCUCACCUUGGACCUCUUCCAGAGGGGGCACCUGGUCAUCAAGAGCGCCAGCUACAAGGUGGUGCCUGUGUCACUGUCUGAACUCUACCUGCUUCAAUGCAACAUGAAGUUCAUGACCCAGUCCGCCUUUGAGAGAGCGCUUCCGAUUUUGAACGUGGCCCUCGCGUCCCUCCACCCCAUGACAGAUGAGCAGAUCUUCCAGGCAAUUAAUGCCGGCCACAUCCAAGGGGAGCAGGGCUGGGAGGACUUCCAGCAGAGGAUGGAUGCCCUCUCCUGUUUCCUCAUCAAGAGGCGAGACAAAACUCGCAUGUUCUGCCACCCAUCCUUCAGGGAGUGGCUUGUUUGGAGAGCAGAUGGCGAAAACACAGCCUUCCUGUGUGAGCCCAGGAAUGGGCACGCUCUCCUGGCCUUCAUGUUCUCUCGACAGGAGGGCAAGCUGAACCGCCAGCAGACCAUGGAGCUCGGCCACCACAUCCUGAAGGCACACAUUUUCAAGGGUCUCAGCAAGAAGACAGGAAUCUCUUCAAGCCACCUGCAAGCCCUGUGGAUCGGGUACAGCACCGAAGGGCUGUCUGCCGCCCUGGCGUCCCUCAGGAAUCUCUACACUCCCAACGUGAAGGUGAGCCGUCUCCUAAUUUUGGGAGGGGCCAACGUCAACUACAGGACUGAAGUGUUAAAUAACGCCCCAAUCCUGUGCGUCCAGUCUCACCUUGGCCACGAGGAGGUGGUCACUCUGCUCCUGGAGUUUGGCGCCUGCCUGGAUGGCACGUCGGAGAAUGGCAUGACUGCCCUCUGCUACGCAGCCGCUGCCGGCCACAUGAGGCUGGUGUGUCUCCUGGCCAAGAGGGGGGCAAGGGUGGACCACUUGGAUAAGAAAGGCCAAUGCGCACUGGUCCACAGCGCACUGAGGGGCCACGGCGACAUUCUCCGCUACCUGCUGACCUGUGAGUGGUCAGCCAGCCCGCCCCAGCCAGGCGCACUCAGGAAGAGCCAAGCCCUGCAGCAGGCGCUGACGGCUGCCGCCAGCAUGGGCCACAGCGCGGUGGUCCAGUGCUUGCUGGGACUGGAAAAAGAACACGAAAUAGACGUCAAUGGCACUGACACGCUGUGGGGAGAAACAGCCCUGACCGCCGCCGCAGGACGAGGCAAGCUGGAGGUCUGUGAGCUGCUGCUGGACCACGGAGCUGCUGUGUCUCGGACCAACAGGAGAGGGGUCCCACCGUUGUUCUGUGCAGCACGCCAGGGGCAUUGGCAGAUCGUGAGGUUACUCUUGGACCGAGGCUGUGACGUGAACCUCGGUGACAAGCAGGGCCGGACGCCCCUCAUGGUGGCUGCUUGUGAAGGGCACCUGAGCACCGUGGAGUUUCUCCUUUCCAAAGGCGCCACCCUUUCUUCUCUGGACAAAGAGGGUCUGUCGGCAUUAAGCUGGGCUUGUCUGAAAGGCCACAGGGCGGUGGUCCAGUUCCUGGUUGAGGAAGGAGCUGAGAUUGACCAGACGGACAAGAAUGGCCGCAGCCCCCUGGACCUGGCUGCCUUCUAUGGCGACGCGGAGACCGUGCUGUAUCUGGUGGACAAGGGGGCCGUGAUCGAGCACGUGGACCACAGCGGCAUGCGGCCCUUGGACAGAGCCAUCGGUUGUCGGAACACAUCUGUAGUAGUUACGCUGCUGAGGAAAGGAGCCAAGUUAGGAAAUGCUGCUUGGGCGAUGGCUACUUCCAAACCUGAUAUUUUGAUUAUACUUUUACAGAAAUUGAUGGAGGAAGGAAACAUGAUGUACAAAAAAGGGAAGAUGAAAGAGGCCGCCCAGAGGUACCAGUAUGCCUUAAGGAAGUUUCCCCGAGAAGGAUUCGGAGAGGACAUGAGACCGUUCAAUGAACUAAGAGUUUCCCUCUAUCUCAAUCUGUCUCGCUGCCGAAGGAAAACAAAUGACUUCGGCAUGGCGGAAGAAUUUGCUUCCAAGGCUCUCGAAUUGAAACCAAAGUCCUACGAAGCCUUUUAUGCCAGGGCGAGAGCAAAGAGGAGUAGCAGGCAGUUUGUAGCCGCCCUGGCUGACUUGCGAGAAGCUGUGAAACUCUGCCCCACCAACCAGGAGAUCAGGAGACUCCUGGCCCGCGUAGAGGAGGAAUGCAAGCAGCUCCAGAGGAGUCAGCAGCAAAAGCAGCAGGGCCCGCAGCCAGCUCCGCCCACCGACUCGGACAAUGAAGAGGACACCCCAGCCCCCGGCCUGAGCGACCCCCUGCAUCUUGAGGAGGCUGAAGAGGAAGAAACUUCCCCGCAGGAAGAAUCCAUUCCCCUGACUCCCAGGUCCCAGCCGUCCUCAUCUGCCCCCUCCCCUUAUAUCCGAAACCUUCAAGAAGGGCUACAGUCCAAAAUCAGGCCAGCAUCGCCACAGAAUCGGCCCGGAAUCUGCAAGCCCCCCAGGGAGCCGGUGGCUCAGCCGGGGCUGACUGUACAGCCCAGCAGGCAGGCUCAGAUCGUGAAAACCAGCCAGCACCUGGGAUCUGGACCAUUGAGCAUGAGAAAUGGCAGCUCGAAAAUGCCGGUCUCCUCUCAGAAUCCUCCCCCGAGUCCCAUGCCAGGUAGGCUCCCUGGUAGCAGAAACCAGCAUCUGGAGGGAGCAGGUCCCUUCACUGUGGGAGCUGCUUCUGGCCACUUUGGAGAUCGGCCAGGGCCCAGCCACAGCGUCCAGCAACAAGCCAGUGAGAGUGACGCCACAUGCCCUUUACCAAGCAAGAUAAAAACUGCAGACAGGCUUCUGCCUCAUGCUGCUGUGGCUGUGGAUGUGGCCCCUCUAAACCCAGGAGGGCACAUGAGCUGCAGCGACGUGCGUCACCCAGCCUCCCUCACCAGCUCAGGCUCUUCCGGUUCCCCGUCAAGCAGCAUCAAGAUGUCAAGUUCAACCAGUAGUUUGGCUUCAAGCAGCAGUUUUUCAGAUGGCUUCAAGGUCCCAGGGCCAGAUGCUCGAAUUAAAGACAAGGUUGGGAACCAGAUUCCAAGCGGCACAGCCGAGCACAGACCACGCAACACUCCGUUCAUGGGCAUCAUGGAUAAGACCGCGAGGUUCCAGCAGCAGGGCCAUCCUCCUAGCCGCGCCUGGCACUGUGCAGUGCCAGAAGGGCUGCUGACAAACUCACCUUCUGCAGCUGGCCUGCAGUCCUCGAACACGGAGAAGCCCUCUCUUAAACAAGCAGGAGGAUAUAGUAGCCAAGCCAAAACCUGUUCUGUUUCUACCCUGGCUGCAGGUGUCCACAAUGGGGCACAGGCAAAGGAGCUAGAAGAAAAGAAGUGCCAAAUUCCUGUCCACUGUCAAGACAGCAGGAUAACUAAGACUGUUUCUCAUCUGUAUCAGGAAAGUAUCUCCAAACAGCAGCCUCAUAUCAGCAAUGAAGCCCACAGGAGUCACCUCCCUUCAGGAAAACCAAAGCGAUCAUUUAUAGAAUCAAAUGUGUGAGCCUUAAGAGAGACCCAUUUGUAGUAUUUGGGAAAACAGUGUGUUGGCUUCUGAUGGUGAUUAAAUGACUGUUCAUGAGAAAAAUUACUUUUUAGCUAUGUAUUUUCCCCCCCCAGGGGUGGAUCAGAUGCCAGUGAUAUAUUAAAAACGUGGGAUUAAAUUUCUUUGAUAAAUAGAUAGAUGUCACCAGAAAUAAGAAUGCUAACCAGAAUUGGAAACCAGAGUAAUGUCUAUUAUGUUAAAAACUUAACACAGCCAAGAAGACAUUAACCCAUGCUUUUCUCUUAUGAAAUUGUUUGGUUUUUAUCAUUUUUCUCCUAGCCUUUGCUAUGUGAUAAGAUCAUAUUAUUUCUUAGAGAAUGUAAAUGUCUAGUGAUAGGUCUAACUCAUGCUAUAAUAUCCAGGUGUUAUGUUAUAGAAAACAUGGAAUUUUUUUUUUCUUUUUUUUUUUUUUCAGGGCCACAGGUGCAGCCU